GUAACAAUGCAAACUUUGUGCAUACCCAAGACAUAUGUAUGUUGCCACUCUUCUUUUCCAAUACAGUGUCCCUUGAAUCUCAGAAACCAGGCAUCCGGGAAAAGUACCACAACCAUCCUUGUGUCUAGUACUACACCAAUGAUAAUCCAACUCGCCAAAGCAGCCAAUGGAAACAACGUGGAAACAAUAUGCAACAUGACUUACCAUUUCUUGGAAGGAGGGGACUACUGGACCUUCAUCAAUUAUACCAGUUAUACCAACGGCUACUGCGACAUACUAUUGGCCAACAAACCAGUCAAUCAAAAUUACGCCAUUUUGUUUGUAUUCGGUGGUUUAAUCCUCCUUGCAAUCGUCUGGUCUCUCAUGAAACUUAUCUACAGGAGCCGAAAGAGCGAAACAUCUUGUUGCAAAAGACGCGCCAACGUAGUGCCAAUAAGAGAAGGCAUAGAACACAGCACAGACAUGGUGCUGACCGAAGACGAGAUCAAGGCGAAAGAUAUUGAAAAAUGCGUAGAAUUUACGGAUAUAGAGAGUACUGCGGCAAACGACGGAGAAAAAGAAGUAAAAAGCGAGAAAGAAGACGAAGAGGAAGGCAACGAAGAUGAAGAUGAAGGAAAAGAAGGCGAAGGAAAGAAGACGGUAAAAGGAAAAGAAGAGAAGGAAAAAGAAGAGGGCAGCAAAGUUAGUGGAAAAGAUGGCGGCGGAGGCAGCGGUGGUAUAAUGAGGAAAGGCAAUGAAAUCGAUGUAAUCGAAGAUGGGAAGAAAGGCCAUACGGAGAUGACGUUAAAGACUAAAGACAAUAAGCAGCGGGAGCAGACUACACCGGUGAAAACACGAAAGCGCCUCAAUUCAUUGGAUACACUUCGCGG